CAAUUGUUUAAAUAGUGCGUCGGGCGAAGCGGCGGAAGGAUACAGCGCGUUCUGUAUAAAUAGCUGGACCCUUUGUUUUGCGCCGUUAGAUUCGCUCCGCUGACGAGAGGAUAAAGAAGUACCCAUUUCGCACUCUUCCAGAAAAGAACAUUUGUUUCCUAAAGAUGCAGAUCUUUGUGAAGACGCUGACUGGUAAGACCAUCACCCUCGAGGUUGAGCCCAGCGACACCAUUGAGAAUGUCAAAGCUAAAAUUCAAGACAAGGAAGGCAUUCCUCCUGACCAGCAGCGUCUGAUCUUUGCCGGCAAGCAGUUGGAAGAUGGACGCACACUGUCUGACUACAACAUCCAAAAAGAGUCCACCCUCCAUCUGGUGCUCCGUCUGAGAGGUGGUAUGCAGAUCUUUGUCAAGACGCUGACUGGAAAAACCAUCACCCUUGAGGUUGAGCCCAGCGACACCAUUGAGAACGUGAAGGCCAAGAUCCAAGACAAGGAAGGCAUUCCUCCUGAUCAGCAGCGUCUGAUCUUCGCUGGAAAGCAGCUGGAAGAUGGGCGCACACUGUCCGAUUACAACAUCCAGAAGGAGUCCACCCUUCACUUGGUGCUCCGCCUCAGGGGAGGCAUGCAGAUCUUUGUGAAAACCUUGACUGGUAAAACCAUCACCCUCGAGGUUGAGCCCAGCGACACCAUUGAGAACGUGAAGGCCAAGAUCCAAGACAAGGAAGGCAUUCCUCCUGAUCAGCAGCGUCUGAUCUUCGCUGGAAAGCAGCUGGAAGAUGGGCGCACGCUGUCUGACUACAACAUCCAGAAGGAGUCCACCCUCCACUUGGUGCUCCGUCUGAGAGGUGGUAUGCAAAUCUUCGUCAAGACGCUGACUGGCAAGACCAUCACUCUUGAGGUUGAGCCUAGUGACACCAUUGAGAACGUGAAGGCCAAGAUCCAAGACAAGGAAGGCAUUCCUCCUGAUCAGCAGCGUCUGAUCUUCGCCGGCAAGCAGCUGGAAGAUGGACGCACACUGUCCGAUUACAACAUCCAGAAGGAGUCCACCCUUCACUUGGUGCUCCGCCUCAGGGGAGGCAUGCAGAUCUUUGUGAAGACCUUGACUGGUAAAACCAUCACCCUCGAGGUUGAGCCCAGCGACACCAUUGAGAACGUGAAGGCCAAGAUCCAGGAUAAGGAAGGCAUUCCUCCUGACCAGCAGCGUCUGAUCUUUGCCGGCAAGCAGCUGGAAGAUGGACGCACACUGUCCGAUUACAACAUCCAGAAGGAGUCCACCCUUCACUUGGUGCUCCGUCUGAGAGGUGGUAUGCAAAUCUUCGUCAAGACGCUGACUGGCAAGACCAUCACUCUUGAGGUUGAGCCCAGUGACACCAUUGAGAACGUGAAGGCCAAGAUCCAGGACAAGGAAGGCAUUCCUCCUGACCAGCAGCGUCUGAUCUUCGCCGGCAAACAGUUGGAAGAUGGACGCACACUGUCCGAUUACAACAUCCAGAAGGAGUCCACCCUUCACUUGGUGCUCCGCCUCAGGGGAGGCAUGCAGAUCUUUGUGAAGACCUUGACUGGUAAAACCAUCACUCUUGAGGUUGAGCCCAGCGACACCAUUGAGAACGUGAAGGCCAAGAUCCAGGAUAAGGAAGGCAUUCCUCCUGACCAGCAGCGUCUGAUCUUCGCUGGCAAACAGUUGGAAGAUGGACGCACACUGUCUGACUACAACAUCCAGAAAGAAUCCACCCUCCAUCUCGUCCUGCGUCUCCGUGGAGGCAAUUAAUCUAACCAUGAUGUUUACUAUGUAGGUCUUGAAAGUUAUCAGACCAAUUCCAGUAUCCUUUGUUCCCUCUUAAUCAUUCAAUAAAGUUCUGGCAUUCCUGA